CCGUCAGCGGGCCUCAGUCGCUGUUUUCGAGUUUCGAGUUUAUUGCCAACUCUGCCUUGGCCCGGUGCGCAACGGUUUCGGUAGUUUGUUGGUAGUUGAUACUUGAUAUUUUCCGAGCUAAAGUUUUCCCGCUUGUGACUGAAAAAUGCUUGACAUUUAGCCAGAGGAAAAGUGAAGAAAGUUCAGAGAUCGAAUCAAAUACAAUUAGUGUGUGUGUGUUAGUGCCCCAACUGUGAUCAAUCAUAUCAUUGCCGUUCAAAGUACUUUUGCAUCCCGUAUCGAAUGGAUAUCAAAGCCUCGACGCCGCCCGCCCACGAUGUGGCUCCUGGUCAGCCAGGAUCACCAGCCGGGAAACCGGGAACGAUCUCCGGCGGAACGAGUGGUCCCGCCGGAUUGGCCAACCCCUCUGUUGCGACCAACAACACCGCCGCCACAUUCCAGCACAUCUUCGAGCAGCUGGUGCAGCAGGGCGGCGGCAACCACAAGCUGCCACCCAAGCAACUGGAGCACCUGCGUCACCUGCUGGGCAAUGUGAGGGAUGCCAAGAAUCUGCAGAUGAUCGUGGAGAAGUUCAAGAAUCUGGAGCAGUUCCACGAGCACUAUGCCGCUCAUUUGGCCAACAACAACACUGUGAUCUCAACGGAAGAUAGCAACGACUUGCUGAAGGAUAAUGCCAGGAAAUUCGGAUCGGGUGGACAGACGCUAACGCCGCGCCAUACAAUCGAUGCCAUUCUGGGCCUAAAGAACCGCAAUGGCACAGGAAAUGGCAAUGGAAAUGGCCGAAGUGCGGAAACGGUCAUCGAUGGCUCUAUUGAUCCCUCCUUGGCCGACGAGGACGCCACGGAUCUGCGCUGUGGCAUGACCCUGACUCAGCUGCGCAGCAUGGACAAUCACAUGGCCAGCAUGCUGCAGCAACACGCGAAGAAUGGAGUUGGCUUGCCCUACGGACCCCCAACUCCGCCGGGUGGUCAGCAAGCCCAAGCACCAAAUGCUACGCCCCUGCAUCAUGGACAGCAGAUAGGCGGGCAGCCAGGUCACCCGACACAUCCCAACCAUCCACCGCAUCAUGGACAUGCACCCUUUGGCUAUCAUAAUGCCUUUGGCUUUGGCCAGGGACAUGGGUAUGGGCACCAGGAGGAGGCGGCGGGCAAUUACCUCAACUCGAUGCACCAGAUGGUCGAGGCCAAUCAAUUGCAGCCCGGAGCCUCUGGACCUGCUCCGCCGACCCCGCUGCCACCCAGCUCCUUUGGCAGUCAUCAGCAGCAUCUUGCCGCCUUGGCUGCUCAGGCAGCGCAGGAGCAGCAGAGUCAGCAGAAUCAGCACGGCAAAUAUGCCAAGUCAUCGCCCAGUGGAGCGGGUCCUCCUCCGCCGCCUGGUGCCUACUUCAUGGAAUCUCAGACGGCGCCUGUCGCCCAGUCGCAGAUUGGCUACGACGAGCGUUCAAUGUCCUCCGCCAGCGAUCUGGAUGAGGACGACGAUGACGGGACAAAGCUGCAGCUCGACGUGACCUCGCCGCCCACUCCGGCGCCACGUGGUCCGCUGGCCGCCAAGCGCAAGUCUGCCGGCGUCUUCUGUGAUGAUAAUGAGCCGAAAUUAGCCAACGGUCAGUUGCCAGGAGGCAAUUAUGGCAUUCGGGCCCGCAGCUUAGAGGAGGUUCAUCAUCAACAGCAACAACAGCAAUCGCACCACCAGCAGCAGCAGCAACUGCAACAGCAACAGCAGCAGGGAUUCCAGCAUGACUUUCGCAACAGCAGCAAUGGAAAUCCCAACGGCAACAGCAAUUCAGGCGAUCAUGGCGAGCGAUUAAAUGCGGACAACGACAGUUUGGUCAACGGCAGCUGCGCCUCCAGCGAGGAUCUCAACCAGACCAACAGCAGCGAGCAGGGCGAGAAGAUAACAUCCGGCAGCGAUGAUGAGGGUCAAGAUGAUAACUGCGCCAAGAAGAAACAUAGACGUAACCGCACCACCUUCACCACCUACCAACUGCACGAGCUUGAGAGGGCAUUUGAGAAGUCGCACUACCCGGAUGUCUAUUCCCGCGAGGAGCUGGCCAUGAAGGUGAACCUGCCCGAAGUCCGCGUCCAGGUGUGGUUCCAGAAUCGCCGCGCCAAGUGGCGUCGUCAGGAGAAAUCGGAGAGUCUUCGCCUGGGCCUGACCCAUUUCACCCAGCUGCCGCAUCGCUUGGGAUGCGGUGCCUCCGGCCUGCCAGUGGAUCCCUGGCUGUCGCCACCACUGCUAAGUGCUCUACCAGGCUUUCUGUCGCAUCCGCAGACGGUGUACCCCAGCUAUCUGACGCCACCGCUGAGCCUGGCGCCCGCCAACCUGACCAUGAGCAGCCUGGCGGCCAUGGGCCAUCAUCAUGCCCACAACGGACCUCCGCCCCCUCACGUGGGACACGGCGGUCAUGGUCAGCCGCAGCCACCGCCACCACCGCCACCACACGGCGUCCCCCAUCCUCAUGCCGGACACCAUGUGGUACCCCUUUCUCACCUCUCGCCGCACCUGUCACGCAUGUCACCGCAUGCGACGUCCUUGGGCUCGCCCCACCACGGAGUGACUCCCCUCGGCACACCCUUGCACAGCAGCCUGCCGCCCAGUUCAUCAUCGACGACCAUCGCCGCCGCUGCCGUCUCAUCCUCGCAGUCGUCCUCCUCCUCCGCUUCUCUGGAGUGCAGCGGUCCGGAUGUCUGCAUGUCGCCUCAGAACCUGAGCAUUGGAAAUGCCGAUUCCAAUGGGGAUGGGCGUGACCUGAGCAGCGACCUGGAUGCAGGAAGUACUAGCAGCAAUCACGGAAGCAGCCUGGACAAGUGUGCGGCCAGCGCCAAUAUCGAGCUGCUCGACGUGGGCCGGGACAGCCCACCACCUCCGCCCACUCCGGCAGGGAAGAGUUCCGCCACGCCGCCGGCGGACAUGCGUAGCAACUCGAUCGCCACGCUGAGGAUCAAGGCCAAGGAGCACCUGGACAACCUGAACAAGGGCAUGGUGUCCAUUGUCUAGCCGUAGAUGGUUCCUAACUAGGUGCAGCUCCACCAGACCCAUUCCCCCAUAUCAUUCUCUAGGUGUGUUCUAAGUUUAGUGAAUUUCGUGUUGUAAGGACUUAUUUCUGACGCAGUUUCUUAUAUGGUUAACUCAAAAAAUGUGCAAAUUGUAUUUGUAAAAUUUCAACUACUUCGAUGAAAAGCGGCUGAUGAAGAAGUCUAUUCCUAAUGCAUACUAGCACAAAAUAAAUAUGACAAGUUUUAGCUCA